AUGGGGCGCAAACCCACAAAGCGGGAACUUAUGCGCAAGGACAGCGAUAAGAAGCGUCGAGCAGCAUGGGCGCCAACUGAAGAAGUAGUGCAGCUGUAUCCAGGCAGUCAGGAUGAGGAAACACCGCUCGGCAAAGAUGACAGCAUGUUGACGGUUGUGAAUGCCGCAACUGGCGCAACCAUACUACAGCGCUUGCCAACAGCGUCAAUGCGCUCACACCGCAGAAUCAUUGCACUGGCAAAGGAGGGACGCACCGUGUGCAAUGACUUGUGGGAGGCCGUGGUACAGUCAGGACAAAAGGAUGUCAUCUUUUACGAGCUGACCAAGAAGAACGCAAAGAAGAAAGGUGGGAGUCAGUCUCUUGCGGUGGGUUUGAUGUGGUACGCAGGGCAAAAGGGCGCAAGCGCAGAGUGGGGAUGGGCAAUGGCGCACGAGGUGGCACCAGUAGAAGCAGCAGCAAUGCUCAGAUGGCUGAAGGCAUUUGUUGAGCUCACAGUCGAGACACACUUCAGGCAAGGACGCAUUGCUGAGGACUUUGCAGCACAUAUCAAGGCAAGAGAGGCAGUGCGUGGGGUAAUGCAGCGGGCACUUGGCGUGGACGGUGCAAAUCAAGUGCAUCGGUACUUUCACACCGGGGAAGUCAUACAGGGUAUAACUGGCGGCUUUCACCUUGACCCACAUGACGAUGUGCCAAACAUACUAAUCAAUCUUGGAAGCGCUGUGGAGUUGCAGCUUGCAGAGUACGGCAAAGUGCACAUGGAUGUUGCGACCGUGGUGCUCUUCAAUAAUAGGGAACUACAUCAUGCAGUACGCUCUGCACCAUCAAGCACAACAGAAGAGCGGUGGGCCCUCACACUAGGAGCGUGGCAUGCGGCACUUGAAGCAGAUGACGCACAGAAAUAA